GUUGCGUCACUGACAUGCGCAGAGAGAGUCUCCGGGAAUGGAGGUUUGGGAGUCAUCUACAAGUCGGGAGUCAUCACCCUGUUUUAAACGCUGUUGCUUUGUUGUGACCACCUGAGGAGAACUCGGGCUGCACUGCCCGAACCAGACCCGGAACACCGGUGCUGGACUCACGGUUCGGCUAAUCCCCGCGUUCCUCUUGCUGCAGCUGUUGCUGCGGUGUGCUUAAGGCGAGCAUUGUUCAGACUCAAAGCUACAGCCACAAUCCGAGGGGGACCGCUGUCUGUGGACUGUUUACUAUGGAGGAACCGUUGGUGAGUGUGAUUACCGCUGAUGUUAUCGGUCACCUGGGCUAGCUUAGCGCCAGCUGGAGGCGACAGAACCGGUGGAGCUGCUCCGCUCCGCGGCCUGGCUCGACCCGCAGCCAGCUGCAGCCAGAAGUUACAAGUUAGCUUCCUAUCACCCUUGGAGACGAAACAAGCUGUCCCACCUCCACUAGCAGGGCUGAAGAUGGAGGACAAUCUAACUUCACUCUUACCGUCAGCUGAUUCUUCAGGCUCAGAUAGUAUGACUUCUUUCAGACACUCGCCUUCCUGAAUGUAGUCACCAUGGCUUCUCGCGAGCUGGAAGAGUUACCGAGUGGCCCUAAGGCUUCCCCCCCAAGGGCCGACCAGCAAUCCGACUCUGAUGGCAUCAAGGAAGAGCUUCAGUCAGAUCCAGUGAACACUACUGUGAAGUCUCAAAAAUCCGGGAAAUUCAAAAGGACUGCCUUGACAUUCUUUGGAGUUCGUAAAAAUAUUUGUAUUUUACCAAGUUUUUUGGGGGGGAGGAGUAAAAAUCAGUGCAAGAAGGGAGUCUGCAAAAGUAGAACGUAUGACGGGCUAAGUAAGGUCAGUCACGACCACUGUCAGAGAGGUGGUGGCUGCAUCUCAGCUGGAGGUUUUGAUUCCCACAGCCAGAGCGGUGCAUCUGGAGAGCUCCACGGCAGCUGUCCUCAUGAGUGCAGUCACCACACCACUGACCGGAAAUCUCUGACUCUUGGCAGGCAGAGAAAAAGUCUGAGGAGUCUUUUUCAAAGUUUUAAGCAGCACAGAGGUCAGAGGAAUGCUGAAUCAGAUAAAACUGAGCCUUCUACUCAGUGCAAGAAAGAGGUGCCUGUUAUCCAACUCAACACCAAACAUUAUGCCACAGAGUGCCUGGGAUCUGAACCUGAUGUGCCUGAAUUUGUAGAUGUAAUGUGUAAUAUCACCAUUGGUCCUGAAUGUAGUCACAAGGAUGCAAAAGCAUCAGAGAAUAGUGUCGAGAAUGAAAGUCCAAAGUCUGAGCGUGAUGAUCAGGUGUGUGGAGAUCAGCUUGAAGAUGCUGAUUUAGUGUCAGUAGUUCCUGGUGGGUAUGUGGAGACUUCCAGGCGUUCAAGCGAGCCUUGUCUGAAACUCCAGGAGAAAUCUGAGUUCACGCUGAAGUCUCAAACACCCGCCAGCUCAUCCGAUCAGUUGAACCUAAUUUUUGGAGAUGUUGCAUCAUUGAAGAGCUUUGAUUCCCUCACUGGCUGUGGGGACAUAAUUGCAGAUCAAGAGGAUGAUAGUUUUACAGAGAGCACCGUUUCUGGAGAAAGGAGCAGAAAUGGAGGGAAGAGGGCCUCGUGUUAUCUGACUUAUCAGGGCGGAGGAGAAGAAAUGGCCUCGCCUGAGGAUUUGGAUGAAACAUGUAUUGGGGAGUUAUGGGAGAACAAUGCAUCAGAAGAGGUCUGCUGUGCCUGUGAUCCAGAGCAGACUGACACGACUGCUGAGUUGACAACUUCUCACAACGUGGACUUGAUGAACAGCAGCAGCACGCAGCAGGCUGGGGGUGUGGACACCUCCUCCAUGGCUGACAUCUUAACUCCUCAAAGUGAGCAUCAGGAGUCUGUCCCAAACAGCGACGAGGGCUAUUAUGAUUCCACCACCCCUGGGCCUGAUGAGGGGCAAGAAAAAAGUGACCGGCUAAGGGCAGCUAGGUUACCCAGGGACAGUUACAGCGGGGACGCGCUCUAUGAGCUUUUUGCCCCUGACGAGAGUCUCAUAAGUCCUCAUUAUGAGAACAAGUCACAACUUCCCAGUUCAUAUCACGGUGACUGCCUAGCUGAGCCAGUAGAUGUGACGGACUCUGUCUUUGUUACAGAAAUGAGUUGCUUACAAAUCAGCGCUGAGUUGUACAAAGACGACUUUCUAGAGCUGCCGAGCACACGCAGCAAGUCAUCUGCGCUGGCUCAAAAUGCAAUGGGUCUGCAGGAAAUCAGAGCGAACAAAAACUGCACUUUGAACUCAAAACUGCAAACACCAGCCAGCACGAAUAACGCCAAACCAGAUGUAUGUAAUGCAAAGGGAAAUGUUUCAGCUUCCACUGAGAAAAGAACAAAAUCUACGAGUACCGACUGCGAGGAGGGGCGAGGGAGUUUGUCGUUAGGAAGCACGUCUGACCCAGACUUUGAAACCUUCUGUGAACCCGAGGAGCAACAUCUGGAGGAAAACAAGCCUGUGGCUUUACCGUACAGAAAUAUAAAUUCCCAGUCUGCAGACUCAAACAGUUACGUGGAUGACGGGCAGACUGUGUGCUUCUCACAGGCACUUGUGGAUUACACGAAACACUCAGAGAUGCUGAGUGACUUGGAGACGAACGCCACCUUCACUCCAAACAUGGAGGCCUUACCCACCAUAGUCACGUUUGAUGUUGUGGAUCUGCACAACGAGGGAGAAUACGAUAAUCAGAUUCGCAUGGAGCUCGAAGAAGACCCUUCUUCACCGUUUGAGGAGUUUGAAGGAAGCUACCUACAAAAGUACGCGUUUGCUGAAAGUGACUACCAAAUGUUGGAGCUGUAUGAGCAGAACCUGAUCAGUAACACAUGGGCUGUCGCUAGCCUGCCACGGCACCUGGGCCUUACGAGGGUCAGCCAGUCCAUGCUGAGUCCGUUGUCCCUGGACAGGAGAAGUAGGUCUCUGGACACAGAUAGCCUGGAGCUGAAGAUGCCUGACACACACAGGGAGAACAGAGCUGCUUUAGUAUCUCGUCUUCAAUCUGAAGAGGGCUCUGAGAGAGCAUGUUCACCGUUUUAUAGAAAGAAUGGAGUCCUGUCUAUGUCUGAGGUUGGAGACAGUAACGGCAUUAUGGCCUUAUCGUGGCAAACAAGGUCAGAAAUGGCUUUAAGCCUUCCUUUGACAGAUGGAGAAUUCACCGAAAAGGUCCAGGGUCUUGGUCAACCCCAAGUAAGGCACAAGCUCUUUCCCUGCUCACCUGACAGUAAGUCUAAAUCGCAGCAUUGUUGCUCGGAUGUGUCAGACAACUCGAGUGGUGAUUCAGCUACACAGAGCACAGACCUAUACAGCAGACAGUGCCAUCUACCUUCUCGUUUACCCCAUAGCUCCGUUGUUUAUUCUGGACUAAUGGAGGAUUCAGAUGAUGUCACCGAUCUUUUUUGUCAGAGUUCUAACUUGCCAUCCUGCAAUCAAGGCAGACCAGUGGUGGGCAGGGAGGGUUUGUCCUGUAAUCGGGGUUUAAAGGCAGGCAUGACUAAGGACGACAUGGCCAUCCUUGGUGAGUCAAAGAUAUUGGUGGAUGUGAUGAUCCCUGUGGCCUGCAGUGAACAUCCUGAGGCAAGCUGCGACUGAGGGUUGGUCACAGAGGAUGGAUCUCAUGGAAACCCUAAACCGUUCAUCCAAAGGGAGUUGAUGUUUUUGUUGCACCACCGUUAGUUUUGAUUAGUGAUAAACAGGAAGUGAAACAAACUUCAUGUGGAGUUUCUAACAGGACUUCAUGUGGCUUGGAUGCUUGAUUGUCUGUUUUAGCAUUUGCACAGAACCAGUUGCACACAUGGCUGCCCACGGUCUCCCGUCGUAAGGCUUCUGAAUGUUUUCUACCCAAGUGUUUCCUCCACAUCUGGGUCUCUCCCCUACCGCCACACUUUGCUCUAAAGGUACAUGUAUCAUCAGUCUGAUUUGUCUUGCACAUUCAAACAAGGCGGUCCAAAUGCUUCUCCAUUCGUUGCCUUUAUAGACAUACAUUUUUAUGUUUGAAAUGUUCAUGUUUACAACAUCUCACUGCCACUCUUCCCUCUGUAAGUGAGGUGCCUUUUACUGUUAUGAUUAUUUUGCCUAACAAAUCCUUUUAUUUUAUUUUAUAUAUGACAAUUAGAAAACCCCAGACCCCAAUUUUAUAAUUCUAGAGAAUUCUCGACACUAUCAUGGUCUGAUCCUUUAGCUGGGUCUUGAAUAGCAUGAGAACAGGAAAUGUACAGAUAGACUGAUGAUGUAUAAUCAUGAACUUCAGCUGUAGUCCUUCACAUAUAAUAGAAACUUUGGUAUUUGUUUAGCUCGUUUAGCACGCAAAUUCAGAAAAAGCUAAAAUGAUUAAGAUGAGAUCCUAAGAAAUCUUUAUUUUUAAAAUGUGGUGAAACAAAGUUGGGAAUAAGCUCAUAAAUAAGCUAUGGAGUUUGUUACUGGUCUGUCAAGAUGUCUUGUUUUUUCUUUUCUUCUCCAUUUUUUGGUGAAUUAAAGUGCUAAUCUUUUACCAAAACGAUGCACUUUAAAGCUACACUACUGGAAGUGUGCUGAAUGAACAACUUGUGUGACUUUGAAUUUAAAUUCUUAUGACUAGAAGUUGUAUCACUAGGGGAAAAAAUGAAGUGUGAUAGCAUAAUAAUCAAACAUUGAAUUUGUAUUUUACCAUUUGCAAUUUGUAGACUGUAAUGUGUACAGAAUGGAUUUUAGUAUUGUUUUGAGUUUUCAGAUUUAUUUUUGAAGUCACGCUUUCUUUAAACAUCAGUUUUGUUUGGAUAGAGUACUGCCUUAUACUAAAUAAACAUGACUAAAGG